UUUUCGGCGGGCUCGGCCUCGGAGGCGGGGCACCUGGGCGAGGAGCGGCCCGGAGCGCCCCAGUCGUCGCCGCCGCCGGGGGCCUGGCGCUCCCCUGUACAGUGGGGCGCGGCGUGCAGCAGCCGCCAGCGGAACAUGGCGCCGUGGACGUUCUGGCGCUGCUGCCAGCGCAGCGUGGGCUGGGUGCCGGUGCUCUUCAUCACCUUCGUGGUCGUCUGGUCCUACUAUGCGUACGUGGUGGAGCUGUGCGUGUUUACUCUCUCUGGAAAUGGAGAAAACGGAAAGGCCGUUGUUUACCUUGUGGCUUUCCAUCUGUUCUUUGUUAUGUUUGUAUGGUCCUAUUGGAUGACAAUUUUCACAUCUCCCGCUUCCCCCUCCAAAGAGUUCUACUUGCCCAGUUCUGAAAAGGAACGUUAUGAAAAGGAAUUCAGCCAAGAAAGACAACAAGAAAUUUUGAAAAGAGCAGCAAGGGACUUACCUAUCUACACCACAUCAGCUUCAAGGACCAUCAGGUAUUGUGAAAGAUGUCAGUUGAUUAAACCUGACCGGGCACAUCACUGCUCAGCAUGUGACAUAUGUAUUCUUAAGAUGGAUCAUCACUGUCCUUGGGUGAAUAACUGUGUGGGAUUUUCUAAUUACAAAUUCUUCCUGCUGUUUUUAUUGUAUUCCUUGUUAUAUUGCCUUUUCGUGGCUACAACAGUUUUACAGUACUUUAUAAAAUUUUGGACGAAUGAACUCUCUGAUACACGUGCAAAGUUCCACGUACUUUUCCUUUUCUUUGUGUCUACAAUGUUCUUCGUCAGCGUCCUAUCACUUUUCAGCUACCACUGCUGGCUAGUUGGAAAAAACAGAACAACAAUAGAAUCAUUCCGCUCACCCACAUUUUCAUACGGACCUGAUGGAAAUGGUUUUUCUCUUGGAUGCAGUAAAAAUUGGAGACAAGUCUUUGGCGAUGAAAAGAAAUACUGGCUGCUUCCAGUAUUUUCAAGCUUGGGUGAUGGUUGCAGUUUUCCAACUCGCCUUGUGGGGAUGGAUCCAGAACAAGCUUCUGUUACAAAUCAAAAUGAAUAUGCUAGAAGUAUUGGCUCAAAUCAACCCUUUCCUAUCAAACCGCUUAGUGAAUCAAAAAACCGAUUGUUGGACAGUGAAUCUCAAUGGAUAGAGAAUGGAUCUGAAGAAGGCACUGUCAGAUCAGGGACAAAUAACCAUGUUACAGUGGCAAUAGAAAAUUGAGUACCACUUGUUCAUAACUAACCAUUUGAAUAAGAGCAAGGUUUAUAAAAACAUAUUAUGGACUGAUAUUUUCAGCUUUAUUUACAAGAAAAUGAUCAGUGGAAUGAAAUAAUUGAAGUAUAACAGAAGAUAUAUUUUUUAAAAAGGAAGCCUUUGUACAGAUUGCCAGAUCCACAGAAGAAGCAUUACUCCAGAGCAGAAAGAUGCCUUAAUCUUAAAUACACCCAUUUGUGCUACAUCAACUUACUGCUACAAAAGUGACUUAAUUUUACUUUGGAAAUAACACUUACCUGUUAUGAGAUGCUAUACUAUGAGCUAUCAAGUCACAUGUUAACAUGGCAUAUGUAUUUUUUUGACACCUGAGUUACAUAAUUAGAGUGUUUCUUAGUAUCCAUAUAAAGUUUCGUUCCCGAAACACAAGCUGAAAAGUUGUCUUGAGUGAAGUACAUGUAGGGCAGUAUGGUGGCUUAAGGUGAAUAAUAAUAUCCAUUUACUGUUGCUUGUACUGUGUAAGGAAAAGAAAAUAACUUUUUUUUAUUGGGUGUUUGCUAAUUUAUAAUUACUGUUUUAUACUUUUCAACAUUUAUAAUAAAGUUUUUUAUUGUUGGCUAUAAAAUAACACUCAGAAAGAUUCAGAUAUCUAAAUAUAAUUAUUUAAAACAUGGAGCACAUUUGUAUAAUUCAUUGAUGGCUUAGUUCUAAACAUUAAUACAACCAUGAAAUGUAGUGUUGUGCCCGAGGCUUAAAGGAAAUUUGGCAGUAUAGGAAAUAGGUUCUCUCUGCUUUUAAAUUACUUUUUUGUUGAACUUUCAUGGGUAUUUUUAUGGGCAGGGAGACACAAAGGCACAUGUGCUAUAGAAAUAUUGGACACAGUCAGAAUAGUGGCAGUGGCUAGAAGAAAAGUAAAGAGGAAGAUAGGCAGGUAUUGUAAGCUGUUAAAAGUUAUUUCUGGUCCCAAGGUAUUUAGAAUGCAACAUGCUAUUGACUUUCACGUGUCAAUUUAGGCGAUUACUAGAAAUUACUUUGAAACUUUUUACGGUAGUCCUGUAACAGCUUAAACAGUGACUUGAAAGGCAGUUUGAACUAGGGUAGAACUGCUUAGUGUAAUUCCUCUUUCUGGAAAGAAAUUCUAACCUAAGUAGUCAUUUAAGACUUCUAGUCUGUGAGCAGUGAAUUCCACUCUUACAUGCAAAAUUUUAAAUCUGACUUCCUAAACAUCAGCCCCUUUCUGCCUGGUAGACCUAGAUCUCCUUUUCCUUUUGAAAUGCAAUCUAAGUGACAGGAAUUGUUGCAUUAAUUCUAAGGGAAAAUACUGUAUCCUGUAAAGGAGAAACAAGGUAGAAAUGUUACUCCUCACUUAUCCUGUUUAGUCAAAUAUACACAUACAAACCAAAAUGAUUGAUUGCUUCCAGUAUUGGGUAGAGAUAAAUCUUAACCAGCAUCUGUAAGUAUCAACCAUUACAGUUUCCCUAUCUGUAAAAUGGAAUUGGGAGGAAAGGGUGUUAUGUAUGAGUUGGACUGGAUGACCUCACAUUCUUUGAUUCCUAAUUUUGCAAAAUUAACCUUACAUUUCAUUCAUCCAACAAAUAUUUUCAGAGUACCUCCUGUAUGCCAAACAUAUGGUAGGGAUAGCUCUGUAAUUUCCUAGUGUAGCAUAAAUUUUAUAGUCAGCUAUUCCAGACCUUCAGUUCAUAGGACUUGUCUAAUUCUGUUGGCUAUACUAAUAUUAGAUUUUAAAAGGAAGUUAUGGGUUUUUUCCCCCCUUUGAGCCAAAGGCAUGAGUUAGCUUUGAAAAUAUAGUUUGGAAUAUUAUUAUUAUGAUCUUCUGUCUUUAUUUCAACUUUGUAGUCCUAAUAAUCUUGACUCUAGAAAACUGAGAGUUAAGGGAUAACAAAAUAUCACUUCAUUUUGGCAUUUUAUGUAUUAUAAGGAAAUUGUGAAUGUUUAAAAACCUACUUGACUACUUUCAGAAUUGUUCUGGUACUUUUUGUGAGUAUUUCUACAUUUAGAUCAAAGGAUUUGCAUGCACCUGAUUAACAGUUGAGGAAACAUAAAUUUCCCCUUUAACCUAUCCAGGCACUUUUGUGGUGGUGUCUUUCUCUUUUAAGUUGUAUUUCACCAUCAUCUUUAAUAGCAUAGCAAACACCUUUUCAGAAAUUUUCACUUAAAGCUUUUUGCUUUAGUUACCUUUGCUUUAAUUUAUGGCCAACAUUUUGCCACAUUCUAAAUACGUGGCUGAUUUAUUCAUACAUAUUAAUGGUCAUUCCGCAGGGGCCUAAAGCUGCAUGGGAGUCAGGGCAAGGCUGCCUCUUUGGUAUUUCAACUGGUAUUGAUUAGCUCUAUCAACUGUGGGGGAAAGGUCAAAAUGAAGGCCUUCAAAAUGUAUUGGUACUAUCUCUGGUCUGUCAAACACUUUGAAUAGUUGUGGUGUGAUAUUUAAGGAGAAUAAAGUUGAAUUUCAGGGCUUGCCAUUGCCAUUAAAGACAAAGUCAACAGGAGUCUUGGCUUUACCUGGGUACAGAUUCACUUGAAUACUCAGUACCUGAGGCAUCUGACCAGUAUCACUUUGCCAAACCAAAGAGCAGCUGCAGUACAGUAGUUAUUGAACGUGAACACGUUUACAGAGUUUAGUUCCAUCUUUACAUGUGGAUGAAUUUUAAAAACCUUCUUACAUAUGGAAUGGUUUUGGUCCAAUGUGUCAUAGGUGAAUUUAACUGUAAGAGUAGUUUAAAUCAAAUAUGCAAUGUUUACUUGAAUUUUGUUUCUUUUAGAAAGAUUUUGACUAUGUUUACAGGAUUGUUCAAAUUAAAGAUUAUCAGACACCUGAGAUGUCCAUUCAGUAAUCUUUAAAGCAAAUGUAUAUUAAGGGCUUAGUGUUAGGAUCUGUAUAUUUGGGGCACCGAAUAGACAGUGACUUACAAAUAUGUUUUGCUUACAUUUUGUUCUAGGACCAGCACUGCUAUCAAUGGAAACUAUUUUUAAAAUAACUAAUCUGUUAUUAAGAAAUUAAUCAUAUUUUUGCAUUUCAGCCAAAAUAAAGAACCAUAUCCGAUAAUUCGUAAGACAUAGGUAAUAUGUAAGCCUGAAAUCCAUGUGUUUCAUAUGAUCUGAACUGUAUUUUCCAAUCUAAAUUAAAAAUGCAAUAUAGAUUCAGAAAGUUCCAUAUUUUUCUAAUGACUUCACUUUAUAUUAUUUUGUUGGGUUGCAUAAAGAGGCAAGGAAUUGUAUUUGUAUUAAAAGAUUAAGAAAGCUAUUAGUCAAGUUUAUUAUAUUUGUACAUGAUUGCAGAUGAGGCUAUGCCCAUUUAAAAGAAAAGAUGGACACUAUUUUAAAGUGAUCUUUAAUAUGUUUUUAUAGAAACAAAUUUGAAAUACGGUUUAUUUUGGUUGUCUUUGCUUAUCAAGUACUGUAAGUCCUGUAUUUGUUUCUCAUAAGUAUAAUCCUGGACCAUGACUUAAUGUUAACUCUUUGCUUUGUCUUUUGGAUGGCCUAACCUACAUUAACAUGAAGGCUAAACAUUUUUAAACUUUUUUUUCAAAAAUCAUAAUAAUGAUUUACUUUAUUAAUAAACAAAAUAAAGUCCUGAAAGAACA